AAUGUAGCGUGUUGGUCCGGCGCCUCAUUGCGCUUCUGUCGCUUGAGUGGAAUAGAACUAGAAUUAGAGAUCCCAAAAUGUGGGUGCAGAGAUUGGGCCGCUCCAUGGUCGGCCAUGCUCCCCGCUUUUGCCGCCCCAUUAGUGCCCGGAUCGUGGGGAAAACCAACGUGGAAGUUCAGGAACAGACAGACUCCCAAUCUCUGAUCUUCCCAGGCGUCUGGCUGAGGGACAACUGCCUCUGCGAGGAGUGCUUCCACGGCAGCUCCCGGUCAAGGAAACUUGACUGGGACAAGUUCGACACUCGAGUGCGCCCCCUACAAGUUCGCACGGAUGAGCAGGCCCAGGAGGCAAUCGUGAGCUGGAGCGAUAGCCACGAGAGCCGCUUUCCGAUGAAGUGGCUCAGGGAGCGGAGCUUUCAGGAGGAGCGCCAGGAAAAGUAUCUCGCCGACUUCUACCGCCCGCCCAGCCGGCACUGGCCAGGGUCGCAGUUCGAGGCGAUUGCCCAGCAUUUCGACUACGGCCAGGUGAUGGACAACGACCAGGUUUUGGAGCAGUGGCUCCAGGCCCUGGCCGUCUAUGGGGUGGCCCUGCUCCGGGGCGCCCCCCUGGACGAGGGGGUGGUGCGACGGGUGGCCGAGCGGGUCGGCUUCAUCCGGCGCACCACCUACGGCGAGGAGUUCGUGGUGCAGGCCAAGCCGGGCGCCCAGAACUUCGCCUACCUCUCCCUGCCCCUGCCUCUGCACACCGACCUGCCAUACUACGAGUACAAGCCCAGUGUCAACAUCCUGCACUGCCUAGUUCAGACGGAGUCCCCGGGGGGCAGCAACCUCCUGGUGGACGCCUUCCACGUAGCUGAUCGCCUCCGCCAGGAGCACCCCGAGGACUUUGAGCGACUCUGCCGAGUAGUGGUCGACUGGAACGACAUCGGCAGCGAGGACGGACUCGAAUUUCACAACAUCUGGCGGGCGCCGGUGAUCUGCCUUGAUGCCCAGGGGCGGUACACGCGAGUGAACCACAGCGUGCCCCAGCGGGACAGCCACUUCAACGUGCCGCUUGAGGAGGUGCAGUCCUGGUACGAAUCGUACGCCAAGUUCGUGCAACUGGCUCGGGCGGAGGCCCACGCGUUCAAAACCCGCCCGGGCGACGUGCUGACCUUCAACAACAUCCGCCUGCUCCACGGCCGGACUGGCUACGACGACACUGAGAACAACUCGAGGUACAUUGUGGGGGCCUAUCUGGACUGGGACAUUAUCUACUCGCGGCUGCGGGUCCUGAAAAAGCGAAGAAACCAAUAAAACCCCAACACGAGAAAGCGUA